AUGGCCUCAACAACACCCCUCAAGUCGAUACUGCGUCCACAACCACCACGCAAGAAGAAAGUCCCCGAAGUCACAGAAGAACAAAAGGCGCAAAUAGAAAAAGACAAGCGCAACCUGGACCUCGCUCUCAAACACGCCCACCGAAUCCAAUAUCAGAAAGACGUUGAAGCGACCAUUUUGAACUCCACCAUCGCCUUGCUAGACUUCCCUUCAUCCUCCACAUUCACCGCCCGCGAAGCCCUCGCCUUCACAACCCUAGUCAAAAACUUCCAACCCUCCGACUACGACAGCCUAAUCGAAGAACGACGCAUCGACUCGAAAUGCGGCUACGUACUAUGUCCUCAAGCUCCUCGAGCCAUCACUCUCGGCGCAUCCGCAGCUUGGAAACUCAAGAAAGGCGCGGGAGACUGGUGUAGCGAUCAUUGCGCCAAGAAAGCGCUCUAUGUCAGAACGCAACUCAGCGAAGUCCCAGCUUGGGAACGAGUGCCGCAGCAAGUUCCAGACAUUCAACUUCACGCCGACGAUGCGCCGCCGGAGGAUGAUCCGCUGGUGAGGAGAGCGAAGAGAGCGGAGAGGGUGAACGAGUGGCGGACGAAAGUUGCGGACGACGAGGAAUUGGCGGCGGAGAGAGGAGAGAAGACGGCUUCAUUCCGGCCGAAUCAAGUCAUGAGUGAGGCGGUUGUAGAGAAGAAGGUAACGGGGAGGGCGAAAGCGCCGGAGAUGGAGGGAGACUUGUUUGCGAUGCCGGGUGGGUUGAUUGAAGGGUAUGCGCCGAGGAAGGUUGUGGCUAAAAGUAGGAUCGGAGGGAAGGCGCAGGCUGAUGAAUACGAGGACGAUGAAGAGGAAGAAGACUACGAGGAGGAGCUAGAUGAUUACGAUGAGUGA